AUGAGUCAAAGCAUUAUGAAUGAGAUAUUUAAAUUAGUAUUGAAUUAUAUUGAUUAGGUUUGUUUUGAUGGAGCUUAACAAAAGAAAUGGUCGUAAUGCAAAGAUUUAGAUAGUUAACUUUAAUUUAUCAGAGAUGCAAUUCCUUAAAAAAUAAAUGAGGCUACUAAAAAUUAUGAUUACGAAGCCUUAGAGAAGCAAGUUUAAAAAUAUGAACACGAGAUUCGGAAACACAUAAGAAUGGAAUAAUAAAUAAAACUAUAUGCAGAAUCGUUAUAAUAAAGAUUAGAAGAACAAGAAGGUGUUAAUGAAUGUUUAAGCAACACCAAACAAUUAGUGAAUGUAAUUAUUCCAAAUUUCUAGUCAUUAAAAAAAGAGAAUCAAUAAUUGAUAGAAUAAAUCAAAAGAUUAUAAAGUGAAAAUUAUAUGUUAAAAUCUAAACUAAAUGAAGUUAAUGAGAGAAUCAACAGUCAUCAGACAUCUCCUGUCUGUGAUAAAUCAAAAAAUCAAGAUUCCUAUCAUAUCAAAAAUAGCUAAAGAUAUCAGACUAUAGAUUUUGUAGCCCCCAAGUAGAAAUUGAAUUCUAGGAACAUAGAAGAUCAUAGCAAAUAAUAUGCAGAAGUUAAAACCUAAAUUAGUAACACUAUUGAUAGUUCAAUCUUAAAAAUGCUUUAAAACCGUCGAGAUUCAUUAAAAUUGAAUGAUGCCUAUAAAUCAUCAAGGGAUUCUUCAACGAUAGAAAAAAAUGAUUCGAAUAAGAUAAAGUCCUGUAUCAAUUAACAAAGGGCAGCAAGUUAAUAAUAGAAAACGUAACAUAAAUAAAUGAUGGAUCAAAGUAGUUAGUAAGUCAGAACUACAACAGAAAAUGUCAAAUUUGAUUUAAAAAAUCAAAGUGAUAAUUUAAGGGCAUUUCUUAAUACUUAAAGUUUCCUCUGUAAUAAAAAGAGUAAGGCGAAUUCCAGACCAGAAAAUAGAUAUAACAAAAGUCACAGUGAACAUUAGAACGCUAAUUCAAAUUAUGCAGAUAUUUAAAAGACUAAUAAAAUCCAAAAAGAGUAUUUAUAGUUUUCAUAGAAUUAUUAAAAAUAUUUAGAUAAUUAGCUAUGA